AUGCCUUGCCCUGUAUGUAAUAUUCAUUUAGGUCCCAUUGAAUGUGCCCAAAUUUAUCAAAACCCUUUUUUGUUUCAGACUGUGUGUGGAGAUUUAUUAGGCUUCAGCCAAGCAACAGCAUGUGUUAUUAUAAAUAAAGUUUCGAGGGCAUUGAGUCAUCUUUUACCACAAUUUAUAAAAUUUCCAAAUAAUUUCCAAUAUGUUAAACAAAGAUUUGAACAGUUGGGUAGAUCCAGCCAACUACAUGGCCUUAAUAAUAUAAUUGGAGCGAUAGACUGUACUCAUGUUAAAAUAAGUAGACCUAGAGGAAUUGUACACUCUGAAGCAUACAGAAACAGGAAAGGAUACUUUUCGAUUAAUGUCCAGGCCAUUGUGGGUCCAGAUUUUGAAAUUUAUGAUCUUGUUACAUGAUGGCCUGGUAGCUCACAUGAUAGCCGGAUAUUCAGGAAUAGCCGAAUUCAUGCACAUUUGGCUAGUGGUCAAUUGCAGGGAGUGCUAGUGGGUGACAGUGGAUACCCAUCCAUGCCAUUCAUGUUAACACCCCUGUUGCAGCCUACAACACAUGCAAAAAAAAAUUAUAAUUAUGUUCAAAUAAAAACAAGAAACAUCAUAGAAAGGUUCUUUGGAAUAUGGAAGAAAAGAUUCUCAUGUCUGCAAUUAGGAUUGAGAAACAAACUGAUUAAUGUAUGCAAUAUAAUUGUAGCUUGUGCAGUACUUCACAACAUAGGAAUAAAAAGCAGUGACAAUUACUUAGUCGAGGAAGAAGAUGCAGAGCUUAAUGAAGAAGCGCCAUUGCAAUCAGGUGCAUCAUCAGUUGCGGGUUUAGCAUUUCGAGAAUCUAUUGUAGAAACAUUUAAUUAAUUGUAUAAUUAUAAAAAGUGAAUGUA